UGGGCACCCUGUGCCAGGGCCUGCCCACCCUCACAGUACAGAACCUCUUGCUAAUAUCCAACACAAAUUUUCCCUCUUUCAGUUUGAUCCCAUUCCCCCUUGUCCUGUCCCUACAGCUCCUGACAAAGGGUCACUCUCUGGCUUCCCUGCAGCCCCUUCACAUCCUGGAAAGGUGCUGGGAGGUCUCCACACAACCUUCUCUUCUCCAGCCUCAACAGCCCCAACUUUGUCAGCCUUUCCCUGCAGGGAAGGUGCUCCAGUGCCCUCAGUGAUUCCAUGGCCUGCUCUGAACCUUCUCCAACAGUUACAUAUCCUUCUUAUGCUGGGGAAACACAAAUAGUGCAUAAUAUUCCAAAUGGGGUCUCACAAGAGCAGAGCAGAUGGGGAGAAUCACUUCUUUUUCUUUUUACCGGCUGGCCACACUCCUUUAGAUGCAGCCCAGGUCCAAGCACUCAACUUUCCUGUCCAGUGUCCACUUACUUCCUUAAAAACACCUGAAGUUGUGUCCUUGCACUGUCACAAAACCUCUGGGCAUGGAGACAAGGUGCCCAAGGAGGGAUGCUCAGUGAGACAGGGAGUGAGGAGACAGGAGGGAAGGCUGUGCCAUACCCAGGCACUUAGAGCACACACUGCAGUCCUGCAGCAGGGCUGAGCCAGCCCCCCUUGCAGAGAGGUGCCUGAGCCGGGUUUGCCCUCACAAGACCCCUCCUGUUCCUCCGCAGGCUCUUCCUCCGUGCUCAGCAUCCCCGUGGAGCUCCAGCCAUGCUGAAGCGCGCAGUGGUCAUAGACAGCGGCAGCUGCUUCACCCGGGGGGGCUUUGCAGGCCAGGAGCGGCCGCAGUGCGUGCUGAGGACAGUGCUGGUGCAGCCCUGCAGUGCAGGCACCCCGAGGGAUGGCCAGCAGCCCUCCCCUGCCCCGGAGAGCCCGGCAGGCUUCGCCGCAGACCCCCGCUCCUACCCGCUCAAGUACGGCGUGGUUGAGGACUGGGACGGCAUGAGAACCCUGUGGAGGCACCUCCUGUGCUGCUGCCUCAAAGUGCUGCCCGAGGAGCACCCGGUGCUGCUGGCAGAAUCGCCGUCCUGCCCCGCCAGCGACAGGCAGAAGGCGGCCGAGGUGCUGUUCGAGAGUUUCGGGGUGCCCGCCCUGCACGUGGCCAACACGGGGUUCCUGUCGCUCUGCGCCCACGGCAGAGUCACCGGGCUGGCCGUGGAGGCGGGGGCAGCCAUGUCCCACGUCACCCCCGUGUGUGCAGGCCAGACCCUGAGGAAGGGCACCCGCUGCCUGGGGGUGGCCGGGGACCACCUGUCCGGGCACCUGCACCGGCUGCUGCUGCAGAGCCCCACCGAGCUCUCGGUGCUGCAGGCCCUGACCAAGAAGGUGCUGACCAAGCUGAAGGAGCAAUGCUGCUACGUGUCCCUGGACUACGAGGGAGACCUGCUGCAGAAAGGCUCCCAUCAGCCAGCCCGGUUCCAGACCCCCGACGGGCACUGGAUCACGCUGGGCAAGGAGCGUUUCUGCUGCCCGGAGCCGCUGUUCCGGCCGGAGAUGCUGCAGCACGGCUGCCCCGGCCUGCCCCAGCUGGCCCGGCAGAGCCUGCACACGGUGCCUGAGCACGCCAGGAAGCACCUGCUGGGGAACAUCGUGCUCUCAGGGGGCUCCUCCAUGUUUCCUGGCUUUCCCGAGAGGAUGUGCUUGGAGCUGAACUUCCUUUUGCAAUGCACGGGCACGCGCAUCGAGGUGCUGGCCAACCCCAGCAGGGGCUCGGCGGCCUGGGCCGGGGGCUCCAUGGCAGCCUCGCUCACCUCCUUCCAGCACACGUGGAUGACAAAGGGCGAGUACCAGGAGCACGGGGCUGAGUAUGUGCACACGAGAUUCCAGUAGAGAGUGGCAGCCAUCCCUGUGGCACUGCAGGAGUGACUCUGAAACCCUGCCCUGCUCCGGGCACAGCUGCGGCAGUGCUGACCCAGCCGCUCCUGUGCUGCUGCAGGGGUGCAAAGUCAAUUAAAUUGCUCCAAAAGAAACAAAGUGCUUCUCACUGACACUCCAGGUUACUGCCUGUCCACCAUCUAACAAGGGUGUGUCCCAUCAGGCUGGAAAACAAUUGGGGCUCAUGCUGGGGAUCCAGGCCAUGCUGAGUGUCUGCUCUGGGUACACUCAGUCAAUCCUAAUGCUCCAGGCUGCAUUUCCCAACUGGAAGUGCAGCUGCCAGGAUGAGGAAGGGACCUUCUCCUGCUGUCAGCACUGUGGGACCCCCAAGGAGAGCCACAAGUGUGGGAGGAAGGAGCUGAGCAGGGGAAGGUCCCCACAGCACCUGCACAGCAGCCACUUGCUGCUGGAGGUGAUUCCUCAUCCUGGCACUGGAACAGGUCAGCACUGGCUGAGGAAGAGGAGCUGAAAACCAGGGAGCUGCCCUCACUCCUUGUCAUUUUGGUGUAAAGGUCAUUUAGCAUUUCAGGGAGCUGAUUCAGCUCCCUGAACAGGCAUUUUCUCACCUGGCUUUGCUGCUGCCUCGCUGAACUGACUCAGCUCGGCAGAUCUAGAUUAGAAAGGGAUCAGAGGCUGUGAAGGAAGCAGCUGGGGAGCACAGCCCAGCUGUCACAGCACACUCCUGUCCCCAUGGCCAGCCCCGUGCCAGCUCCUCAAGGGACACAGAAACCACAGGAUGCCCCUGUGAGCACUGGGAGAGACAGGACCAGCAGUGGCAGGUGGAGGAAGGAGCCUCCACACGAUGCAGGAGGGCUGGGUGCUCCCCAGGAGCAUCCAGCAGGAGAGGUACACCCUUCCUCGACAAGGAGCCAGGCUCAGCAGCAUCCCUGCCUUCCCCAUGGAGUCCUCGUGUGACCCCAAGGCUGCAGCACCCAGAGCCAGGCUGCCCUCACCCCCAGGCUCCAUGAACCAUGUCCAAAAUCAUGUCCAGCAAUGCCACCCCAUUACUCGGGUCAAAUAUUUCCAAUUCCUGCUGCAUUUCUCUCCAGCACACUGAGGAUCUGGAAUUCCAGCAGCUCUGCACCGAAGGAUUUUGUUGUAACCCUUCCACUGCUGGUGCCAAAGAAAGGGAGCAGAGGGGAGGGUCCUGAGCCUCUCGUGGUUUUCUGGUUGCCCUGUGCCACCAGCCCAGUCCAGGAGCUAUGUCUGACUGGGUACAGCUGGGUGGGAUGGGAAGAGAAGUGGAAAGAGUGGAGAGGAUGGAUGCUCAUCCCCCAAGCUCUGGGCUCAUGCUGGAGUCAGCAAAGGAUGCUCACAGCCCACCCCCAGCACCAGGGGCCAGGGGGGUGGAGGCUUUCAUCUCUGCUGGAAAAUGAAUCUCAUUUUCCUGCCUCAGGAAGAGGGUGGCAGCAACACUACAAGAUGUAGCCACAGCAAACUGAGUUCCAGCUCUACACCUCCAGCCUCUCCAGCCAAACAUCCCACGUGUUCCCACAAAGCCUUCCUUGCCCACAGCCCCAGAAAUGGAGAGCUCAGGGCUGGGGAUCCCUGUCCACCCUUCCCCUCCUCAUCCCAGGGUGUGCAGGCACUGAAAUCCCUGCCAGCACUGCCUCUCUGUGCCUGCCCAACCCCUGCCAGCCUGGACUCAUUCCCUGCUUGAAGGGGAACAAGGGACACUCCAGGCUCCCAGGACACAGCUGGAGUGAGCAUUGCUCACAGCAGGUGCAUUGUUCACCCACCACAUAGCCCUGCACAGUCUGUUCUGUGCCAAAAAUCCAAAUCCAAACGCUGCCAUCCCUCUGGCCCCACCGAGGCCCUUCCCCCAGCAAGCAGCCACAUGAGGUGUGCUCCCACCUCUGAGGUGUCCUUCCAGCCCUGCCACAGCCUGACACAGACACUUCCCCCCGCCUGGGGCUUGGAGGCUUCUCCCCAAGGACAUCACUGCCCUUCCCAGGGCCAGGUUCUGGGAGAAGCCCCAGCCUUGGCUCCCAGCACUCCCCAUUGUCUUGGGUUACAAUACAGAGUGUGAUAAAAGGUAUC